AUGAACGCGAAGACUGUUGCCACCAUCAACUCGACCGGAAGACAGGCCGCCUCGUUCGUCCGUGCCGCGUCCGCCGUCGGCUGGCGAGUUCGCGCACAAGUUCGCAGCAAUGAGGGUCUCGUCGCCGAGGAGCUGGCGGAGCUGCCGAAUGUCGAGUUGAUCGAAGGUGACCUCACCGGACCGAAUCUCAAGAGUCUACUCGCCCGCCUGUUCGAGGGAGUCAAGAUCGCAUUCAUCAAUACCACGCACUGGGGAGACGAGGUCGCUAUUGGAAAGGCAUGCGCAGAAGCCGCCAAGAAGGCUGGCAUCACCCACUACAUUUACUCUAGCAUGCCGGACCACUCAUCCUUUGGCAAAGACUGGAGAGGCUUGCCAUUCUGGUCGACAAAGUUCGCAAUCGAGAAUUACGUGCGUCAGAUAGACAUUCCUGCAACGUUCAUCUACACCGGAAUUUACAACAAUAAUUUCACUUCGCUUCCCUAUCCACUUUUCCAAAUGGAGCUACAAGAAGAUGGCAGCUUCGUUUGGCAAGCACCGUUCCAUCCUGAUGACCCACUACCUUGGCUUGACGCGGAACACGACGUAGGCCCAGCUUUGCUACAGAUCUUCAAGAUGGGCGCCAAUCACUGGAAAGGACAAAGAGUGACUAUCGCUUUCGAGAAGCUCACACCACCUCAAGUUUGCGCUAAAUUCGCGCGAGGUGUCGGACGACCUGUCCGAUAUGUCCACGGGCCCGUCAAAAUCGCAGUAUCGACACCCAGCGGCUAUCGCGAGCACCUCGAGAUUCUCCAAGAAACGCUCGGCUGGAAACGCGCGCCGUACUUUGGACCCGACCUUGAAUAUCCUAAUGAGGGCCGGAGCGUUUGGGAGGGAUUCCGCAGCAUCGAGGAGUACGCCCAGGAAGCAUUUCUAGACGAAGAAUAUGCCAACGGGCUCCGCUACAUGGUCGACGAGGACAACAACUCUCGUGGCGAGACCAACGGCUUCGGUGACAACACUCCGCCGGCCACGCCGGGAGGCUCAAGCACACCCUUGCGCAUCGCUGGAACUCACACGCCGUAUGCUCACCCGGAGAGCGGUGCUGGCAAUUUCUUUGUGGGAAGUUGUUGA